AUGGCAAUGAAAAAUCAGACUUUUCUUGGUGAUUUUAUCCUCUUAGGCUUCUCAGAAGAACCAGUUAUGCUGUCCUUUCUCAUGGCUGCAGUCUACACCAUGGUUCUGAUGGGGAAUGUUGCCAUAUUUAGUAUUAUUCACAUUGACUGCCAUCUUCAGGCCCCCAUGUAUUUUUUCCUUAGUUACUUAUCUAUCCUAGAUAUUUGUUAUUCAACUGUUACGCUCCCUUCUAUGCUAUUCAACUCCAUUACUGGCAACAGAAGAAUCUCUUUUCACAGAUGCUUCAUACAGCUGUAUUUCUUUGUCUCACUUGGAGGGACAGAGUGCCUUCUGCUUGCAGCCAUGGCAUACGACAGAUAUGUGGCCAUAUGCAAGCCCCUGCAUUAUUCCACCAUUAUGAACAGGAAGCUCUGCUUCCACCUUGUUGCUGGGUCAUGGGUUUGUGGCUUUUUGAAUUCUGUUCUUCACACUGUGAUGACAUCACAACUGUAUUUUUGUGACAUUAGGUACGUCAAUAAUUUUUUCUGCGAUGUACCUCCACUUCUAAGAGCUUCUUGCACUGAUACACUCACAAGCAAGCUUUUAUUAUAUGUUGUCAGUGUUUUUCUAGGGAUGACUCCCUUUGUAUUUGUUAUUAUCUCUUACAUAUAUAUUAUUUCCACAAUUAUGAAAAUUUGUUCUGCUGCAGGAAGGAGGAAGGCCUUUUCCACAUGCUCCUCCCACCUCAUUGUUGUUACCGUGUUCUAUGUGACAGCUAAUUAUAAUUAUAUUGGCCCUACACCAGGAGACUCCUUAGACUUUGAGCGAAUGUCCUCUAUAUUAUAUAGCAUUCUAACUCCUUUAUUCAACCCCAUUAUAUACUGCUUCAGAAACAAGGAGGUAAAGAGGGCUUUGAAAAGAAAAUUGAUACCUAAUCAGUUUUCAAUAAAAAUAUGA